CGCGUCUGCGCGUCCGUCUGUCCAUCCAUCCGUCCGUCCGUCCCCGAGGCAGCGGUGACCCAGCCCGCUGUCACCCACCACCGGGGAGGGGAUCGGGGCCCCAGUCGUGGCCGUCCGGGCGGUGAAUCAGCAGCGCCCGGGGCAGCAGCCGGGCAGAGCCGUGUGCAGGCUGCGAGGGGCGGAGGUUUUGCACUCGCUCUCUCCCUGCCAGGGAUAAAUAGCAGCAGCGGCACGGCCAGCCCGAAGCCCAGUUUCCCAUCGCCAACGCGUCCCGCAGCCGCAGCAUGGACUCCCAGGACUGCCCUUGCGCCACCGGUGGCACCUGCACCUGCGGGGACAACUGCAAAUGUAAAAACUGCAAAUGCACGUCGUGCAAAAAAGGCUGCUGCUCCUGCUGCCCCGCGGGAUGUGCCAAGUGCGCGCAGGGCUGCGUCUGCAAAGGGCCCCCCUCUGCCAAGUGCAGCUGCUGCAAGUAGGGGCCGGCGGGCAGCCCCCCUCCGCCGCGCUGACCCUGGGGGGAGCCGAAGAAAACUAACUUUAUUGUCUGUGUUUUUUAUACGUGCGUUCGGAUACCUUCAGUGCUUGGCACGCGUGGCGUGCGCUGAGCUACCUAAAUAAAGUGAUGUGUAUAUAAA